AUGAGCUCUUAUCGCCUGCGUAUUGCCAAUGCACGGCAGAUUGUGCAGGUUUGUGCACAUGGUGAGCGCUUUAAAGCCGGUGCAUCUCAAAAAGAUCUAGUAAUGCUUGAGAAUGCGUCGCUGGUUGUGGAUCAGGCUGGCAAGAUCGUGGCCAUCGGCCCUGCUGCUGAAGUGGACAAGUGGCUUAGUGCACAGCCACAGCCGUGA